AUGGUAGGAGUAAAUCAAGCAGAAUUCAGUUCAUAUGAGAAACUUAAAGAUGAACUUUGCAUAUCUUCGGGUAUAAUUCUACGAAAACAUCAAAUAAUCAUACCAGAAAGUUUACGAGAGAAAGUUGUGAACAUUGCUCAUGAAGAUGAGUUAGUUAAUGGAAAAGUUAAAUCGUGUUUAGCCUGUCAGAUUACAACUCCAGUCAGUGAAAAGGAGGCAUUGAAAAUGUCAGAGUUGCCAAGAUCUCCUUGUAAAGAGCUAAGUAUGGACUUUGGUGUAGCUCCUACAGGCACAGAUAAUGGACCGCCAUUCAAUAGCAAGGAAUUUUACGAGUUUUCAAAGUAUUUGGGAUUUAAACACAGAAAAGUUACUCCUUAUUGGCCACGAGCCAACGGGGAAGUGGAAAGAUUUAUGCGUACCAUCAAAAAGACAAUAAAGGCUGCGAUACAUUGCAAAUUUGGGGGGGUAAAAAUUACCCUUGAAGUUAUGGGUGAAAUGAGUGCCACAGAGUGCCCCGGUUUUGAAGGCGAAGGAAUUAUGCUGCCUGUGCUUUCCAGAAAACAGAAAGCGGCACGAAUAAAAGCGGCACGAAUUAUUCAGUCUCGAUGGCUUAGCUAUCUAACAAGGCGCGAAUUUUUAGCGCAGAAACAGGCUGCAUUGGUUAUCCAGUCUGAAGUGAGAAAAUAUAUCGUUCAACGACAUUAUCGAAAUCUGAAAGCGAGCGUUUUCUUUCUGCAGAAACGUUACAGAGAGAAGUUGAUGGCAAAACUGCAACAAAGGGAUGAUGCUUCACGAGUCCUGCAAUGCCAUUAUCGAGCUUAUGUAUUGUCAAAAGAUGUUCAAGAAAAAUACAAGAACACUAGAAACGCCAUAAUCAAACUUCAAGCAUUAUGGAAAGGAUAUCAAGUUCGUAUGAACUAUAGUAAACAGAGGACUUGUAUCUUUCUUAUCCAAUCCAGAGUUCGUGGUUAUAUCAUGAAAAGACAAUACUUAAAAAUGAGAUUUGCUGCAGUUGUUCUGCAAAUGCGUUAUCGUGCAUUUCGAGAAAUGCUCAUCGCUCGUGCUCAAUACUUAGAUACCCGUAGAUCAAUCAUCAAACUCCAGGCUGUUGUACGCGGUCAUCGCUUUCGUCAAGAACUUAGACAGAAAGUCCUUGCAGCCGUUCUCAUACAAUCUUCGUUUCGCAGUUACGUCACACGGUCUCGAUAUGUAUGUUUGAAGGAAAGUGCCAUCAUUCUACAGAGACGGUAUCGUGCAUGGAAUCUAGGUCAUCGGAUUAAAAACGAAUAUAAUUUAACACGUGAUGCAAUCGUGACCAUGCAGAAGCACACACGUGGCUGGGCAUUGAGAAGGGAAAUGAGAAGACUGAGAAAUGCUACAGUAAGAAUACAAGCUGUGUACAGAGGUUAUCAACAGAGAAAUAUGUACUCAACUUUGCGUGUGUCGGCCAUUGUUAUACAACAAAAGUAUCGUGCAACCCGCAAGUCUCGAAUUGCCCGCAAGGAAUUCAUACAAAAGCGAACUACAACCGUACGCCUUCAAGGUUUUGUUCGUGGAAGAUUAUGCAGAAGACAAUGCGAACGUGUUAAAAGCUCUGUAAAAGUUAUUCAAACUCGUUGGCGAGCCUUGCUCAACGCUCGCAAAUCAAGAGCGGAAUAUCAACACAUGAGAGCAUGCGCAAUCACCAUUCAGUCUUUCACCAGAGGACUGCUGGCUCGCAGGAUAGCACACAGAGAAUGA